GAGAAAGAAAGAGCGUGUCACGGGUUUGUCUUGAAAGGCUCUUAUUUCACAGUCCCAGACCAGACACUCAGACACAUAUUCUCUCCUUCCUCUCUACAUAAUCGAGGCUGCCCCUGCCCUUUUGGCUUCAUCUCUAUCUCUCUCUCUCUUUCUCUCUUUCUCUUUCUUGGAGUAAUAUAAUAGUUGGAGGAUUAGACUUAAAGAUUUUUACAUUCCCAUAUAUCUCCACCAACCCCCAUCUCACCCACACACAUACACACACUCUCUCUUUCUAGAAUCCUUAAACAAGAAGAAUCAGAAGAAGAUUUGUUGAUAUAAGGAGAAGAAAGAAGUGAUUUUCAUGGCGAUGAUGUUAGAUAACUCAUGCGAUGGAGGGAUGCUGUUAUCGUUAGACUCCCACAAAGCGGUUCCUGCUCCUUUUCUCACCAAGACAUACCAACUGGUUGAUGAUCCGACGACCGACCAUAUCGUCUCGUGGGGUGAAGAUGACACCACCUUCGUCGUCUGGCGCCCACCGGAAUUUGCACGUGAUCUACUUCCGAACUACUUCAAACACAACAACUUUUCGUCGUUUGUGCGCCAGCUUAACACCUAUGGUUUUAGGAAAAUAGUACCGGACAGAUGGGAGUUUGCGAACGAGUUCUUCAAGAAAGGAGAGAAGCAUUUGCUGUGCGAGAUCCACCGCCGGAAAACAUCACAACCACAAGUCACACUUAACCACCACCACCACCACCCUCAUCACUUCACCGGGCUUGGCGGUGGCGGUGGUCUACAAGGCGGCAAUGGGUUCUUUGCUUACCCAACGUCUACACGGAGUAUAUCCCCACCAGACUCCGAUGAGCAUUUAUACUGUGAUAACUCACCACCUCUCUCUUCCCCCACCACCACCGCCACCACCACAACAGCUGGUAUGCUUGGGAUCUUUCAUAACGGUAACCACAGCAUUAACAGUGGUAGAGGAGGCAACUCCGUGACGGCGUUGUCGGAGGAUAACGAACGGUUACGGCGAAGCAAUAACAUGUUGAUGUCGGAGUUGGCGCAUAUGAGGAAGCUUUACAAUGAUAUAAUUUACUUCGUACAAAACCAUGUGAAGCCGGUGGCUCCAAGUAACUCAUACCCUUCAUCACUUCUUGUAUCUUCAAAUCAUUCAAACAUGAAUGGCCAAUUACUAAUGCAAAAACAACAGCAGCAAGCAUCGUUUAUGAAUGUGGGUAGUAAAUCACAACCGCUUCAUGCUUCCACAGUCAACAACGUUGUUGUGGACGAUAGCGUUAACGUUAGUAGAACAAAGCUUUUUGGAGUUCCAUUGUUGUCGAAGAAGAGAUUGCAUCCUGAGUAUGGGAGUAAUAAUACAAUGGUGGAGACUCAUAAGCCAAGGUUGGUUCUCGAAAACGAUGAUUUAGGGUUAAAUCUUAUGCCUCCAUCUCCCUGUUAACAAUCUUUCUCCCUCUCAGAGAGAAUUCAUUGAUCAUGAAAUCUUAUCGAGUUUAGUCGAGUAUUUAAUUUUUCUUACUAAACAAUUUCAUUUGGCACGAUUUAGUUUUUUGAGAUCUGUCUGUAUGGGUGAGUGUGUUAAUUUUGUGUGGACCGGAUCAGAUGUAAAUAUAAAGUUUCAGAGUCGCCAUGGAAAUGAAUGAGCUAGUAUAUGAUCACAAAACGAAUCUACAAGUAACUCGAUCAAUAGUACCAAGGGCCAUGAUUUCAACAUAUUAUUUUCUCUUUUUGAGGUUUAUCCGAUAAUGAUCGUAUUAUGCAGUGGGAAUGUGGGGGCAAUAAUUAUUGGGCUCGAUUAUCAACCCCUUCUUCUUUAUAGCAUUUCUUUCUGGGAAUUUUGUUUUAAUAUCUGAAAGUUUCAGUUCAGUCUCAUUAAUGCCCUAGAAAUGAGAUGAGAGGUGCCUUUCAGUGAUGCCUUCUGUGCAGAAGGGUAGAAGGGAGAAGUUCAUGAGACUUCUCAUAAGACAAAUGCUUGUGUUCAGUGCAUUAAUGGUUAUUAUACGUACUGUACAACCCAUGUACGUCUCCAUCAAGGUCAAAUUACAUUUUGAACCCUGGAUCAUAUUUUUGAAUUAUUAUUUCAUUUUAUUUAUAUGCAUAGUUUUUUUUUUUAGUAUGAAAGUAGAGAGUCAUGAUGGUUGAAUAUUUGAACACUUGAAAUCAU